AUGCCACGUCCUUUAGCGAUACCGGACAGUUCUGACGACGAGGGCGCCGUCGACAUGGACGAAGAUGUCGACGAAGGGUUCGCGGCACUUCAAAGGAGCCUCAGUCACAAGCGUCGCGAAGAGGAGAACAACACUUCGCCAAUUCAAAAGAUAUUGCCUUUCACGUUUGCCCCCAACAUUGGACCCCUUGGCAUAUCCGACCUUGAUUCGUGCGUUGCGUUGGAAAAUGCAGCUUUUUCACCACACCAUCGCGCCACACGGGACAAGCUCGAGUACCGACUCACAGCCUGUCCAGAACUGUGCCUAGGCCUCUACUGCACUGUGGUUCCCAGCAAAGCCAAGGCUUUCGACAUCGAGACUCUUCCUAUGGCAAAACCAGUUGAGACGGAUAGGGGAAAUGGCGCUGUGAGCGUGUUGCUUGCCCAUAUCAUCGCGACCGGCUCACAGUCCAAUCUUAUCACGGAUAGUGAUAUGGACUAUCCAAAAGACUGGAAGACAGCCGGCUUUAGAGAAUCCAAAGUUGGACAUCGAGAAAGCAGCCGGACGGUGGCCAUUCACUCGCUAGCGGUUGUACCUCGACUGCAAGGAUGCGGUCUCGGCAAGCUCAUACUGAAGGCAUACUUGCAGCAGAUCAACAACUCUGGGAUUGCCGACAGGGUUGUACUUAUUUGCGAGGAUGUGAGCUUUGCAGGUCUAGCCUUCUAUCAACCCGAAGUGCACCUGGUUGCAUACUACAAGCGAUUUGGGUUCAAGCAUAUCGGCGCAAGCAAAUGCGAAUUCGGAGGUGGUGGCUGGCAUGACAUGGUAGAAAACCCCUAG